UUUGCAACUUGCCAACCAUGUCCUCCAAGCCAAACGUACCGCCAAACGAAGAUACACUAGCUAGAACAGCCCACUUUCUCUGCAAAACCUCCCUACCCUGGCAGUCAUGGAAAGAAACCGAACCCGAGCUCUUUUGGUUCUUUGAACGACAUUUUCGUGCCUGGUCAUGCUCGAUCAAACUCACAGCCGACGACAAGACCUUCCUUGUCUCCCUCGACCUUCCCAACGACCAUGUUGGAAAAAUCGAACGAGCCAUUAAGGAUGGCGUGUUGGCCAUGGAGUUGGAUAAGAUGCAUGGAAUUGAUCCGGCGCUGAGUAGUGGAAGGAGGGAUGUUAAGAUAUCCAAAUUCCAGGUGAGCAUGGCACCUGCCCAGCCCCAAAACCUUAAAACCAAGCACACGAUGCAAGGUCUCGAGCAACGGCUUCUAGAGCUAGAACUCCGAGAACGAGCUAGAUCGAUUGAUUUGCGAGUCAUCAUGGAUCGUUUGCAGAGUUUUCAGGUGGAUAUCUACAAACGGCUUGAGGGGAUGGAAAAGAAGGUAGAUGAUACCCUGGCGGGCUUGGCUGUCAAGUGCGAUAAGAUGGAAAAGGUUGUUGCGCGAUAUAAAAAGUGAUGGUUGGGGCUUGCGUCGGGGUAUUAUAAUAGUUGGAUAGCGAGACGGUCAUGCUUUGUGGUGAAAGGUGAAGAGUGCAAAUACGCUUGUAAUUUUUGUGUGCUCGACAAGACUUCAUAUACCAUUGAUGGCCAGGCACAACAGCAAACCACAC